UAUUGUUUGAAAACAUAUUUAAAGUGGUUGAAGCGUGUACACAUUGAUAUAAAAUGGCGUUUUGGAUAAUAUGUGGAUGCUUAAUAGUUAUUUUACUUGUUUUUGAAUGGGUUAUUAGACAAUUUAAGAUCGGUAACUAUAAAUCACGAUAUGUUUUAAUCACUGGCUGUGACUCGGGAUUUGGUAACGAAUUAGCAAAACAGCUGGAAGCAUUAGGAUUUAAUGUGUUUGCUUGUUGUCUCACAAAAUCUGCUGUAGAAAAAUUCGAUGAAACAGGCUCUUCAAAACAGAAAGCGAUAGAGAUGGACGUCACUAAAGAUGCUAGUAUUGAGAAGGCAAUGGAAAUAGUAAAAAGGGCAUUACCACAAGGGAAAGGAUUGUGGGCAGUUGUAAAUAAUGCUGGUAUAUCUGGUGGAAUUGGAUCGAUCAACCUGCAUUCAAGAAAAGACUAUGAUGACACAUUAGCUGUGAAUUUGCUUGGAGUUAUAAUGGUAACUAAAGCAUUUCUCCAAUUAGUUAUCAUGGAAAAGGGACGUUUUGUUAAUACAUCAAGUGUUAUGGGAAGAGUUGCCGCCUUAAGUUCGUCAUAUAGCAUUUCAAAAUAUGGCGUGGAGGCAUUUUCAGAUGUUCUCAGGAGGGAAAUGUAUAGAAAGGGUGUAAAUGUACAAAUCAUAGAGCCAGGAGUUUUCAAAACUACAAUUUGGGGCGGGGCCGAGGAAAUCUCCGUCGCUUGGCAGAAGAGAAAGUGGCGAGUUUGUAAGCUGAGGUCAGGGCACAACUUCCAAACGACGCUCUUGAAAAGCGUAUGGUUUAACAAAUAUUUUCUAAAAACAAAAUGUGCUUUCUUAUUCUCCUUGUUUUGAUAUAAUUUACUUUUUUUUCAAUUAUACAAAUUUCAAUCAAAUCAUUAUGUUUAAGCAUAAGAAGAUGUUUCAUAGAAGUUCAAAAUGCAAAUUGAAAUAUCAUGUUACUAAAACAAAUAGCAACAUGGAAAGGAUAUCAUGGAACGCUGAAUUCUAUAAAAAAAAAUACUUAUAUUUAAUUAUAUAAACUUGAGCCUGUUUGCAUGUAUUGAUAUUGAAAGUGUUUGCUUUUCUUAGUGGCAAGGUUUUAAAUGAUUAUAAAAGCUGUUUUUGUUAUGCUUUUGUUAUUGUUGUUGAAUAAAAUCAGAAAAAUGACUGUCAAAUGAAUAUAAAAUCAGUAAAGUUACUUAAUAAAAUUCGCUAAACGAAUAAAAUUGUAUUAUACAGUUAUUUCAUGGGUGCUUGUGGAAUAGUCAAAACUGUUGCUUCGAGUUAUCAAUGAUGAGGGCAACAGUUCCAAAUGUCAUUCCUGAUACCGAGGGACAACAAUUUACUGCUCCACAAACACCCUGAAAUAACUGUUUUAUUACCUAAUAAUUAAACUACAUAUUUUAAGCUUUAAGUGGAAAAUAUAUUCGAUAAUUUCACAGUGAAAAUUAUCAAAAUAUAAUUUCACAUUUUUCAAUGACGAGACUACUUUACUUUUAAAAGAUUUUCCGCGUGUGGUACCUCAAUUUUAAUUUCGCUGACAAUACUGACAUUCUCGGAACUCUUUAGGGAAAAGCACACUCGUGGCUACGCCACUGGUGAGAAUAUUGUUUUUAAAGCACUCUCGAUGAAAUAAAAUUUCACCUUACACACAAAGAAACAAAUAUCCUCUAUAUAUAUUGUUACAACAUACUUUAACAUGUUUACAACUGUAUUAAUUUUUUACAACUGAAUCCAUACCGUACAUUGCACUGAGCGACGUCCGAAGUCCGAAUAGUUGCGGGCGGCAUUUACAAAAAUACCCAAUGCCGUCAACAGGGGUGUUACAGUUAAGAUUAUCAUACCUCAAUAUAUCCUUCAAUGUAAAACGCCCAUAGGCUUAUUAAGUGUUCUGAUUGAAUAUCACCCUCCUAGGAUAUAUUCCCCGGGGAAUAUAUUUCUUAUAUCACCUUUGGGCACAUAACUCUUGUAUAACUCUAAAUUCAGCAAGUUGACUAUGAUAGAAAUUAUUGUCCACAAAGCUUAAUAACUUCAUUUCAUAGUUGUUAUUUGAUAUUGAAAUAAUAAUAUAUGUAUAUUGUGUCUUAACUUCAUGUAGAAAUGUAUAAAAUAAUUCUUGAACUGUUAUUGUUAAGUUUAUUGUUUGGGGUAAAAUGAUGAUGUGUUUUCUAUUUAUUUGCUUGACUGCGUUCUUUAUUAAUAUUGUACUUGUAGGUCUUUCGGUAGAAUAAAAUGAAUAACACAUGGCUGUCAGGGUGAUAGAGGAUAUUGCCAACCUUUGAACUGGCAUAUCACCACUCGGCUGCGCCUCGGGGUAAUAUACCAGUUCUCGGGUUGACAAUUGCCUAUAUCACGCCGCCAGCCAUGUGUUAUUUAUAUAAUAUUGACCGGUCGUCAGUUUAUUUCAUCAUUGCGCAUGCAUAGAAUUUCAUCAGCUGUAAAUAAGGAUUUAGUAUUAGGUAAUAAUUAUAAAUAAAACAUCAAAUGUACAUUUAAAGAUAACUUUUUAUUACUCUGGGAAUAUUCAUUCUUUGCUUAACGAAAAUAAUUGAUUCUUAACUAGCGAAUAUAAUUGAUUUCAGUUGAAUUGUUUUUUUUAAAAAAACAUUAUAAGUAGUGCGAAGUCUAUGAACAGGGUCAUAACUUACAGUCAUAUAACAUUGUAAAAUCAUAUUGUGUUGAUUACUUUUAUUUAAAAAUAAUAAAAUUGAAAGAUAAAUAUUGAUCAUUGUUUUCUUUUUAAAAAUUGACGGGGUUCUUCGGUCGUUGAUGGAAUUAGCAUCGCCGAAUAUUCAACCUGUUAUAGACGCCUACAUACAUUCUGUUACGUCGAAAUUCCCUAAAAAGAUGUAAAUUACUGAUUCCGAAAUCUAUGUUUUUGCCGGACAUUAACGAACGAUUUAGUUGCCUGUUAGUCAAUUGGUUGAUUUGAAGCAUUUAUGAUAUGAAAAUAUGAUAUAAUUAGUGCCUUUACAGAUAGCUGUUUCAAUAGUUUAUACAGAAUUUAUUUUAGUUCGAGUGUGUAGGAGGCAAGCCAUAAGCUUUUAGACAUAUUCUCGUUUCCGUUACCGGGACCAACCAAUACUGAGCAAUGUGGGUAAUGUUUAUUACUCAAGGAAACAUCGGUUUGUCCCUGAGGGGAUUCGAAAACACGCGGCUAGCGAUCCUUAGAUUACAAGUUGAAUGCGUUAACCACUCGGCCAUGCCGUCACUUCAAUGCUUCCUUGAGAGUGGGAGGAAAGUAUUCGACCAUCUUCGAAAAUCUUAAUUACAAAAACAUUUCAUUUAUGUUAGAACAUUUAGUUUACGAAUAAAGAUUGAAAGAAUGUUACGUACGAAAAGGAAGUAAUGAUGAGUGUCGCAUGAGUAACCACCGGCAGCAUUUUCCAAUUUUGUCGUGAUAUACUCCUCCAUGUUUCCGCCUUUUACUGUUGUAGUUCUACAAUACCAUAUAUAAUAUAUAUAUUCGUUUAAUCAUAUUUUAUUGCUAUAUACAUGUAUAUACAAUACAGAUACAAAAUUCAUAUGUAUUUUAAACAGCAAAAGCAAACGGGUUGGGCCCAAGUUCUUACAACAUAAGCGGUCGGCCCUCCCCGGUAGAUAAUGAAACAAAAAACUAUAUUCAAUACUUAAUGGCAUAUAACAUAAACAUAGUGUAUAUCAUGUAUAAUUGCUGAUGGAAUGAAUCGUAAGAAACGAUUUUUAACAAUAUACAAUAAAGUAAUCUAACAAAUAGAAAUCAACGUUCAUGUAUUUUAUAAUUUUUUAAAUAUGGAUGAUCUAAGGAUUCAGUAUUACCUAUAUAUAUUCGAAUACCGCAAUGUAAUUAUUAUCCAACAGAUGUGCACAGAAACAAAAAUAUCAAUAAAAAU